CAACCUCGAGCCCAUCCUGAUACGCCAAAACGACAUAUAGGUGGAAAGUAAAAAGACAUGAACAUGAGAGCGGCCAGAGGGACUGACAGACAACGGGAGUGAGGGAAAGGAGUCGAGUGAGUCGAGAGGGGGAUUUAAAAAAGGAGACCAGGGGCACAAGCUCGAAGCAACGGGCAACACCAAGUCAUGGAGGGCGAUGUGCGUGUCCGUGCAGUGGUCAUGACCUGGGAUGAGGUCGGGUGGGUGGCCCUCGACGGUGGUGGCCUGAGCCACGUGGUCAUCUGCAAGAGACGGAGUUCGGACGGCCGCGGGCGGAAGGAGUACAUCAUCCACGGAGAGCGGCUACGCGAUCGAGCAUCUGUGCUGGAGUGUGUCGUGCAGAGAGGCCUCGUGUACAACAAGGUGUCCCCCCUUUUCCACCAUUGGAGGGUAGAGGACCGGAAGUUUGGGUUGACGUUCCAGAGUUCGACCGCCGCCGACUCCUUUGAGCAAGGCCUUCAAAGUGUCCUUGACAAACUCGAGAGAGGAUCAGAGUCUCCCUCUUCCUCCACUCCAGAGGAGGGCGACAUAGAGGAUGAUCAAGCAUCUCAUACAGGCAGCGACUCGUCCUCCAGCAGCCAGAAGGUCAUGCUGCCCAAGCCCAUCACCAUAGUGACCAGUCAGUCCUCGCCACGCUUCGCGCGAUCUGCCCCGGAGGACUUUGACGACGGAACGGGGCACGCUGUCACCACGCAGACCCCUGCCCAGAUCCACACGCGGCCCACUCAGCAGCCUCCCGUGCUGAACCCCCCAGCCCCACCGCUCCCGCCCCCAGCGCCCCCCACCACCCCUCCCCUGGCUCCCCUCCCGCUGCCGCCCUCCUCCCCUCUCUCGCCCCUCUUGCCCACCAUCCCGCUGCUGGUGGAGGACCUGCGCAGCCUGGACUGCAACGUGUGGGGCUCGAAGGGGUAUGAGGACUACCGUCGGGGCGACCUGGUAGGCGGGCUGACGGGCGGCGUGGUGGUACCGGGCGGCGGUGGUGGUGGCGGCGGCGGCAGCGGGCCCGAGAAGCACGUGGUGCGCUACGAGAAGGAGCUGGCCGGCGUGGGCACGGCCGAGUGCGAGGUCACCAUCGCCCUGGACCCAGCAAGCGCCAAGGGCUCGGGCUGCCACCACUCCUCGCCCACCUGCCCCUCCAUGCCCAACGCCGUAUCGGGCAUGUCCCCGAUGAGCGGCGGCGGCGGAUCCUCGCCGCAGGAGCCCACGGGUAAAGGCUCGCCCUCGCCGUGCUGUAUCCACACCUCGGACUCUCGGACUCGCAGGAGAGGCGGGGGAGCGGGCGGGGGGGACGCCAUCUCGCCCGACGAGGACAGCCCGUGCCCCCAGGGCGCGUCGUCGUGCUCCUCGCGCUGCGUGUACUGCCGCUCGGUCUUCAGCCAGGCCGAGAACGGCCGGGGGCGUUGCCGCGACGCGCCCGACCCGGCGCUGCACUGCCUGCGCCAGUGGACGUGCGUGUGGUGCGCCGAGAGCCUGCUCUACCACUGCAUGUCGGACUCGGAGGGCGAGUUCUGGGAGCCGUGCGACUGCGAGUGCGAGGACUCGCUGGGCGGCGCCGGGGGCCGGGCACACCCGCUCUGCUGCGCCCGCUGGCUGGCACUGCUGGCCCUCUCGCUCUUCGUGCCGUGCAUGUGCUGCUACCUGCCGCUGCGCGCCUGCCUGCGCUGCGGAGAGCGCUGCGGCUGCUGUGGCGGCAAGCACAAGGCCGUGCGGUGAGGCCGGAGGGGCGGGGAGGGACGAGAGAGAGAAGAGAAGAGAAGAAAAGAAAAGAAAAGAGAAGAAAAGAAAAGAAAAGAGAGGAGA